GACAGCCGUGACGAAACAGGAAGUGGCCGCGUUUGGUAGAAAAACCUAAAACCAAAGAAAGCAUGUGGAACAUCGCUACCGGUCUGGCGCUGGUUGGCGCUCUCGUUGGCCUAUGUCACGGAGCGUGCGAUGAACCGUGUCGGACACCGCCCAAACACUACAGCGAGCUCGGCUGCAAGCCGAUCGUGGAAGAAGGUCAGUGCUGCCCGAAAAGGUACGAGUGCCCGGAGCUGACUGAUCGCGAUGGCAACAAGUGCUACCUCAACGGCACCGUGUACGAGGCCGGCGCCCGGCUGUCGAAGGAGGACCAGGAAGUCAACUCGUGUUCACCGGCAUGCUUCUGCUCUAAUGUGACCGAGCCGGCCUCGUUCAAGUGUGCCCAUAUUGACUGUGGGGAGUUUUUUGCGCGCCCGAAGGAGGAGUGCGUCCACCAGUACGCGCGCCACGGAUGCUGCGCCGAGAAUACGGUGUGCGGGGCCGAGCUGGCGAAGCUGGAGCGGUGCUACCUGGACGGUGAGCAGUACUACGAGGGCCAGCGGAUGUACCCGAAGAACGACACGUGCCGCACGUGCUUUUGCAAGGCAGGCUUCGACAAUGGGACGGCGAUCGCCGACAAUCCGCACUGCCACGAGGUCCACUGUGGCAUCGAGCUGCACGCUGGCGAUCGCCUGGCGAUGGGCUGCAUACCGAUCUACUUCGGCAACGAUCGCUGCUGUCCGAUCUUGUGGAAGUGCCCGAGCGACAGUGACACGGUCAUCGCGGACGGGCGUUCCGAACCGGAGGCUAACCCGGAGCCGGGCAUGCAGUGCCGGUUUGGCAAACUGACGCUCAACAAGGGCGACGGUGUGUCCAGUGACGAUAAGUGCGUGGAGUGCAAGUGCACCAUUCCUCCGUUGGCGCACUGUAUACAACGAGAGGAUUGCUAGAAGGAGGCAAGGCUUACCUCGCGUUGUAGUCCAGGCGCCCAUUCGGGAAACGUGUUUUAGUUUUAGGAUGUAAGAGUUGCAGAUUUGCGAAAUAAAUCAAACAAACAACGUAA